AUGCUGGAAAAGAGUGGAACUGCAUUGGCCAAGGAAACUAAGGGUUACUUGGAUGCUUUGAGAGCCGUGACCGCAUCGCAGGUGGCUAUGGCCGAGAUUAUCAAUAAUUUGUAUGAGGAUGCAAGAGCUUUGGGAGGACCAAAUGUUGGUGGAUACUACUUAGGCGCCGUGCAGGAAUAUGACCAGGAGACGGUCAAGCAGCUGGACGGACCAUUCAGAGAGACUGUUCUGGACCCGGUGAACAAGUUCUCCACAUACUUUUCGGAAGUUAACGAAGCUAUCAAGAAAAGAGAGCACAAAAAGACCGAUUACGAACAAGCCAAGAGCAAAGUCAGAAGACUUAUUGACAAGCCUGCCAAGGAUGCUUCGAAGCUCCCAAGGGCAGAAAGAGAGCUGCAAUUGGCCAAGGAUGUGUUUGAUGAUUUGAACAACCAGCUCAAAGAAGAGCUUCCGCAGCUUGUCGGGUUGAGAGUUCCAUACUACGAUCCUUCGUUCGAGGCCUUGGUGAAAAUCCAGCUCAGAUUCUGCACCGAGGGAUACGCCAGACUGGCUCAAGUUCAACAGUACCUUGACCAGAGCAGCAGAGACGAGUACGCAAACGGUCUUCUUGACGGAAAAAUUGACCAGCUACUGGGCGAGAUGAACAAGCUGAAUAUCUGUGCUUUGGGCGCGAAAUAG